AUGGGACUGAUACCCGAGACAUUCAACCAUCCGUACCUGCUAAAUAAUACGUGGUUAUCAGUCGACAUUGCAGAGGAGAGAGGCGCCACGCGCAUGUAUCCCGGCUCUCACAACAAGCAUGUCGCACUUUCUGCUUUCAACCAAGUCUUGCCGCCACCGCGCCAGCGGGCACAUGUGUCCUCUUGGACUGUUGUACCUGGCAGUCUACCGGCGUCAACACAUUCAAUACGACGCGACAAGUUGUUAUCCCCGCUUCCUGUCGUUUGUUUGCACUUCACAAAGAAGUGCCCGACUUCGUGCAUUUCAAAACCAAGGCGAACUUAUCCGAUCAACAUUUAUGACUUCUGGGCUUGCGCGUACCUUCGAGAGAGGGCAAGCGGGUACAAGUGUACGCUGUCUUUGAAUACCCUAGAGCCGGUCCUGCGAGGUCGAAAGCACCGCAUGAUCAUGGAUCGCGAGUUUCACUCGCACAACUCUUCUCCUUGA